AAAAAAUAUUCACAAAAUGGCUUCAAACAAUUCUGGUAUGGAAGAAUACAAGCUCGCCGUUGUCGGUGGUGGUGGUGUCGGUAAAAGUGCCUUGACUGUCCAAUUCAUUCAAAACAUCUUCGUUGAAGAAUACGAUCCAACUAUUGAAGAUUCUUAUAGAAAGCACGCUAAAGUUGAUGACAAGCCAUGUUUCUUGGAAAUCUUGGAUACUGCCGGUCAAGAAGAAUACAAGGCUUUGAGAGAUCAAUACAUGAGAACUGGUGAUGGUUUCUUGUUGGUUUACUCUGUCAUUGACAGAAAGACCUUUGAAGAAAUCAAUGAUUUCUAUGAACAAAUCUUGAGAGUCAAGGAUGCUGAUAAAGUCCCAAUGGUUCUUGUUGGUAACAAGUGUGAUUUGGAAUCUGAAAGAGUCAUCAGUGCUGAUGAAGGUAAACAAUUUGCCAAGCAAUUGAGCAUCCCAAGUUUGGAAACCUCAGCCAAGCAAAGAUUGAACGUUGAUGAAGCUUUCAUGGCCCUCGUUCGUGAAGUUAGAAAGUCAAAGCCUUCAACUCCAGUCGGAAAGGAUACCAAGAGUGGAAAGAAGAAGGGUUGCAAUCUCUUGUAAAUUUUUUUAUUAUACUUCCCGCCAAUGAAUUCAUUGUUGAUCAUAUGAAGAAGAGGACUCACUAAUUUUAUAUAAUACACAUAUGAAACUCUCUCUCCAACAACAAAACAACAAACAACUCUCUCACUUCGCUCUCUCUAUAGUCUAGUAAUUUUUAGUAGUAUGAACUACUUGAAUACAUAUUCCGUAAAUUGUACCAUAUAAUAUC